CGGUGCCGAGACACACGAAUGUCGGGAUAAAAUUUCUUAAAGGUCAACUUUUUUGCGUUUUAAGACUCGGAUAAACAACUAACAUUAUAAAGACAAGUCAUUUAGAUGUUAUUUUCAACCAGUCGUCUGCAUGACAAACGAAGACAAGAAAAAAGGACUAAAACUUUAUUCAGGGAAUCGACAGUGCUUUGUAGCGUUCUUACCCACAAGCUGAGCUGCGAACCUAAAUUAACUGGUACAAAGUUCGUUUUUUCUAUGUAGGCCUAUCUUAAUACGCUCAGUUAAUGACUGUGCUCUAUAAGCACAUGCUGUCGGUGGAGGAAUAUAUUCGGUUAUUUUGCAGUAAAAGUAUCAGAUAGUGCAGUUCAAUCAUGUCAGCAUCACCUGUGAACUCAGCUCGGGUCAGGCGCAGCAAUGACGCGUCCCCCAUCAACACAUCUUCCUCAUCCUCAGUGGCAUCAUCAUCCUCUGCCGGUAACGGCAGUGGAAACACGAGCCGGUUGCAGCCCAUUCGCGCCACGGUGCCCUACCAGCUCCUGCGUGGAAAUCAGCAGCACAGCCCGACCCGCCCUCCCGCGCCGUCAUCCUCCUCCCUUUCCUCCAUCUCAAUCGGGAGCAACACAGAACCGACAGCAUCAUCUGCCCAGCACAGCGGCUCCUCCAGUCCCGUCAGUCCGACGCUCGCCAGUCCGGCAGGAAGCGGCUCGCUGGACGGUCGGCUGAUCCCGCGGCAGAGGUGCUCUCCGCCGGAGCACAGGAGCUCACCCGAGCGCAGUCCUCAUUCACCUGUCUUUAGAGUUGAAAGGUCAAAGUCACAACAGGUGCAGAGCACGGGUGCUAUCAGACGGACUUCCUCUCUGGGUGCUAUCACCGGGCGCUACCUGAUAGGACAGUGGCCACGCGAAUCCCACCUGCACAACCCCUUGUGCAUGAAAGACAAGUCCACACAGACUCCUGGAUGUUGGAGUGACGAAACCGAAGAGAAUAGGAGCACACACCAGCGCUCGGCGUCCUGGGGCAGCGCUGACCAGCUUAAAGAGAUUGCAAAGCUCAGGCUGCAGCUGCAGCGCAGUAAACAGGGCGGAGGCCGGCAGUGUAAGGACAGUAAAGAGUGUCUGUCUCCCCUCCAGUGUUGUACCAGCAGCACCACCAUCCACACUACCACUACCAUCAGCACAGCCAGCCAAGCUCUGUCCAUGUCGAAGCCAGCACAGAUGCCACUGUCCAACAUCACAGUACCAAAGGCCUCCAUCACCAGAGUGCCCAGCAGCAUGGAGGGCAUCAACCACGAGCUGGAGAAAGUCUUCAUAAAAGACAAUGGAGAGAAAGAGGAGCUGAAGGCACUCGAGGUUCCUGAUGGACGCAGGGCUCCGUUUCCUCCCCAGCAUCGCAGCAGCAGCAGUCGCGGUAUAGACACGCAGAUGCCCUCAGUGCCUGGACGCUCCAGUAGCUGCUCCAGUUUGUCACCCUGUCCCUCACCCGCAUGCCCACCCCGCUCACACGACGGCAGUCCUUACUCCACUGACGAGAUGCUGGACGACAGAGACAAAGAUAGCGGCAGCAGUUCUCCUCUGCCUAAGUUCACCUCAUCUCCAAAGCCCAACAACAGCUACAUGUUUAAACGAGAGCCUCCAGAGGGCUGUGAGAAGAUCAAAGUGUUUGAGGAAAUGACGUCCAGACAGUCUGCCACUGUCCCCCUGUUCUCCUGCCCUGAUAAAAACAAAGUGAACUUCAUCUCCACUGGCUCUGCGUUCUGUCCGGUCAAGCUUCCUGGCUCCCUGCUCCAGUACUCCAGCUCACAGCCGGAGGACGAGGCAACCCAGGACCUGCAGGCCGGUGCCAGCUCAUCACACCCCUUCACCCCUCACCAUCACAUGCCCACUCAGGUCUCCACCAGCACGAGCACAGACGACCCCCCGGAUUCACUUGCCGUUUCACCCUCCCAAAAGCAGGAGGCAUCUUCAGAAUCCCCUUCGCAGCCGCAGAACUUUGCAGUCAGCUAAAUUUGCACAGAGCUGGUCUCUGUCACAACCCCUCCAACCCCAGGCUAUGUAGAGGACUGUUACGCACCCAAAUUUCCUUCUAGUUCUCUGAUGGACCCCACCUCUGUGCUGAAUCUUUACUAUCUGCAUGGCAUAGCAACUAUGGCCCGAACAAAAAUCACCAAUAUGUUCAGAGCAAAUGUUUUGAAGUGCUGGUAAAUGCAGCCGAAGUGUUAGAGUAUGUGGCAAUGCCACGCUUUUGUGAUUUGUCAGGAACAGCGUCUGAAGAGCUAAAUGGAAUGAUGCAUUGUGGGAACAGGCUCCAUGGACCUUAGAAUAUGCAAAUCUAAAGUUAAAAUGGUUUCACUGUUAUCUUAAAUGACAUAAAGACAUGAGUGAGCUAUACUGCCCUACAAAGAGAAAACGCAGUAACUGCACCAUUGGUGAAACUGUGGAAAAUGGCUCUGUGGUACUGUAGUUACUCCAAUUUUCACACACGUUUUCUCUAAAUCUAAGCAUAGUUGAGUUAAACCAAUCUGUCACAGGACAGAUCAUAGUCUAAGUGACCUGAUUCCGCUCGUAACUCCAUUCGACAAAAUGUGUAGUCACUAAGUUUUUCCUUUGUAUGGCAGGAUAAGAGUCUCAUCACCUAAAUCAUAUUUAUUAAAUUUGCCUAUUAAUACGUUCAAUCAAAUUCCAGAUAUUACAGUUUUGCUUUUUUAGAUGUGGAUGUGUUUGCUGGUACUUUAUUAAUUUGAUCCUUGUUUCAACACGAGCAACUGCACAGCUGCUUUUGAAACACAGCUUUGCUUUCGUGUGUGCUUAAAAUUUAAGCAACUUAUAAGUAGUAUAUUCAGACAGCGCAAAUUUAGGGGUUACGUUUUAAUGCACCAUUGAUUUAUAAGGAAAACUGAUUAAAACUUUAAGGAAGGUCUUAAUAGCACCAGGGGAAUGCAUUUGAAGCUGAUCGUAUGUUUUACAUUUAAAUUAUGUGUUGUGUUUUCUUUCAACAUCCACAGUAUGAAUAAGCUCUCUCUAUCAAUAUUCCUAUAAGAAAAUCUCUCUCUCUAUAUAUAAAGAAAAAAAGCUUGUUUGAAGUUAAAACCAUGCAUUGCUGUGUUAUGUGCAUUAUGGAAAAUGAGCUAUACUCCACAGGUUUACGUUUACACGCUAUCCAGGUUUUCUACCUUCUGACAACAUUGCAGAAAUACAGAAAAAUGGAAAUGAUAAAUAAGUACAAAUAACAAAGCUUUUUUGUUUGCUCAAUUUGUUGCACAGUGUCCGCCUGUGGCCUCGCUUUAGGUGAAUGACUUGGUGUUUAAACUCAGGUAAUUUGGAAUUUAUGUCCCCAUUCAGAUCAACCACAGCAACUAUCACUGUUCCUAUACUGUCAUUUCCUGCAUUCCAUGACAUUCCUUGUUGGGACGUGCUGUCUGGAUGAUGUGUGAUUAUGGGCUGCGUGAAAAACUGAUGUAGCUGAUCAGACACACUGUGUGUGCUGCAAAUAUUAGAAAGGCCAUGUUACUACCCCCAUGGACCAGACACGUGUGCUCAGAGGCACUUAUAAUAUUACCAUCUAAUCUGAAACAGCUAAUGUUCAAUACUGCAUGUGGAAAUACCCAAUACAUGCUAUUGUAUAUUAAAGUGUAUAAUUGCUGGAUAUACAGCUAAUAUCUAUUCUAAAAUCAAAAGAACGUUGUAAGAAAAUAUGUUUUGUAUAAAACAUGAAACCUAUUUUAUUGACCAGUAAAAAAAAAUUGCAUUGUGACAUCAUUUUCAUGACAAUUAAGUUUGUUUUGCCCUCAAAUUCUCAUUACUAUAAUGAAACAAAAAAACAUGAUUAUCAUUACUGUAUUACAGUGAAGACAAUCAACAUGGACACAAAUAUCACAUUUCUACAAACCUGACACAUGUAUUUUAACUACAUUUUUAAAAGAUCUCUCAAUGUUAUCACCUUGGACAAGCUGAAAUAAUAGAUUACUACUUUUUAGUUUCACAAUACAGUUAUUAGGAAUAGUUUCAAAUUCUGAUUGGAUGAGCUAUGUUCCAAGCUCUUGUUAAAAUGAUUAUAAACGCACACAUGUGACUGCACCUUCUAUAUUAAUGUGUCAUGUUGCUGUUUCUUGGCAACCGCAAAUAGCCUACGGUUACACUAAUGAACCACAUUACUUGGCAAAAUAUCUUUUUUAAUGUUGAUAAUUAUUAUAAUAAUUAAUACAUGUUUAUUUAUAAUGAUUAACUAUACGUGUAACUGUUUAAGGAACAUUGGUGUGUCUUAUCAUAUUUCUGUUGCCAGUGUAUGAAAACAAUAAGCCAUUCGAGGCCCUGCAUUACAGUGAUUGUACUGUGGCUAAAGAGUGUUUUAGGUCGUCUGCACGCGUCACUUUAACAGGCUCGAGUGGUUUAUUGCUUUAUUAAAACUGCGUUUAAUUGGUAUGAAAAUAAUGUCACGAUGCAAAAGCAUCCUAAUGAUCCUAAGUAUAGGCUUCAUUUUCUUUAUGCAAAACGCAUUGUCUUAUUUAUUUAUUUAUUUAUUUCUGUUCAUUUUGGGGUGAAAUAUAUCCUAGAAAUGAUCUUGAUAGGUUUCGUGAGUGUCACCCAAAUAAUGGUUGUUCUCAUUGUUCAGCCUUAGUUACAAGAGGGACAAAUUAUAGUAAUCGAAUACCAAGCCCCAAAUAUUUUAAUCAUUCCAUGCCUAAAUAUUUUGUCAUUUUCAGUGAAAGUGUCUACACGUUUACCCUAAAGUACAUAUUUAUGAAGUAUGUUGCUAUUGUCACAAUGAAAGCAUGCCUUUAUCAUUUUUACUGAUCAUGAAUUGACCUUCCUUUGGGUUUUUGUCUCCAUAUUCAGUGUGAAUAAUCAACAUUUUAUUCAUGAGCUAGUUACAAGCAAGCAUGAUUUAUCGUGAAUGGUUUCCUCGUCUCAAAGCAACAUUUCUAUAUUAACCAAUGUCGAAUGUUAAUGUACUGUGCUGUUGAGAUUUAAAACGAUUAAUUUAGCCAUCUCAUAGCCACUUGUAGCCACUAGCAACAUACAUAUUACAUGAUCAAUAAAGGCUUUAAAAAUGAUCAAUGCACCUUAUUUCAAAAAGCCAAAUAGUUCACUAAAACAUAAGAACAGCUGUUAUUUUGGUAAGCUAAGAAUUUGCAAUAAUAGAGUGGAUUUGUUCAGUCUCUGAAAAAGCAACCAUUUGUGUGCUGUAUUUUGAAAUGCUUGAAUAGCUUGACCAUUACAUCUUCAUUCCAUACCUUAUUGACUGUGGAUUUAAAUCGGCAUGCAACCUGUUGAUAAAGCCAUGGAUUGAUAUUGAAACCAGCACUGGCCAUUUGAUCACAGCACAUUAGUUGGCAAGCCAUCCUGUGGAGAUGAAUAUGUAGAACAGGUGCAUAUGACUGUCUGUUCACUCUCAAUGGCAAUAAAUUAUUUUGUUGUCGUGACUAAAAACCAGGUGUUUAUAUAAUGUGUGUGUGAGUGUUGAAUGGAGAAAAUGAUUUGUUGUUUUUGAAGGGAAAACUAUUUACUGAGGACUCAUUGACAAUUGCAAUGCCUCGAGGAAGAAAACUAUUCAUAAUCAAAAUUUUUGGAAAGUAACUCCUUUUCAUGAAAAAAAAGCAACAAUCUGGGUUACAGUGAGUCAGUGGAAGUGAAUGGGGCCAAUGUGUCAACUAAUUAAUGUUAGUGUUAAAAAUAAAAUGUAAUCUUCACAUUUCUGCUUUUAAACUUAAAAAUUGGCCCCAUUCACUUCCAUUUUAAGUGCAUCAAUCUAACCUUGAUUUUUGCUUCUUUUUAUCUUCUUUUUUAAAGAAAAGGAUUAUUGGUGGUAGUCAACUUUAUGCCACAAAUGCUGUUGAUUGAGCUAAACUUGUAUUGAACCCGGUAUAUUCCUUUAAAAUGCUUUGGAAGCACGUUAAUGUCAAGAAAACAACAACAAAAAAAGCUUUUUCUAUUUUUCAUGCGGUCUUGCCAUCUGCACGGCACACACAGGCUGCUGAGCUGGCAUAAAGUUUUGCGUAGGUCCACUGUAGAUGUGACUGUACAGUAUAUGAGUGACAAUAUCAAAAGCCACACUUUCUUCAACCUUUAGCCCGAUGUGGCUAAUUGUUUCCUUGUUUCAAUAAAAGGAAUCUUGUGUCUCAUUUAAAUAAAAUAAUCA